GGCGGCUGCGGGUCCGAGGCCGCUUCGCUGCCGGGGCUCUGGGCUCUGGGCUCUGGGCUCUAACGCUGAGGAGUCCGUAGGCUCCGGCUCCGGGGUCGGGGGUGUUAGCAGAGGAAGCAGAACCUGCUGGUCUGGAGGGGGCAGGGAGAGAGGCGUCUGGGCCGAGGGGGCAGUCAGUGUUGCUGCUGACGGAGCCUCGGGUGUAACUGUUCCACUCCUGAUGCUGGCAGGCGUGACCGGGUCAUGCGUGGCAGUGUUUUGAGUCCGACGGAGAGUCUGGGCUCCGCACCCGGGAUGCUGGCAGCCUGGUCUGGCCUCGUAGUGACGGGCUGGACCUGCAGAACCGCCGCACAGCACCGACCGGCCUGAGCGCACAGCUUUCAGGCAUAGAGGUCAACGAGCAGCCGUGAGACACGAUGAGCUUCUGGAACAGCAGGUCCUGCUCUGACAUCCUUCAGGCUCCCCGUGGCCACUAACAACAGGACACCUGACGCCACAGCCUGAGGUUCUGUGAGUGUUCAGAUCCCAGGACUCACUCCCCCCCCCAUGGCUGUGCCUUAGAGGCUGCGGUGUGCAGCGCUGGGCGGUUGGGGUGCGCUGCCGUGCUUCAAGGAUGCUGUUCUCCUUGCGCGAGCUGGUGCAGUGGCUGGGUUUCGCCACCUUCGAGCUCUUCCUGCACCUGGCGGCGCUGCUCGUCUUCAGCCUGCUGGUGGCGCUGUACGCCGACGGCCUGGCGCCGGGCGUGACCUGGUGGGGCGUCUUCGUGCCGCUGUUCGCUGCCGAUGGGCUCAGCACCUACUUCACGGCCAUCGUGUCGAUCCGGCUGUACCAGGAGGGCGAGCGGCGUCUGGCCGUGCUGCGGCUGCUCUGGGUGCUCACGGUGCUCAGCCUGAAGCUGGUCUGCGAGGUGCUGCUGUGCCAGAAGCUGGCGGAGCAGGAACAGGCCCGCGACCUGUGGUUCGGCCUCAUCGUCUCCCCCAUCUUCAUCCUGCUGCAGCUGCUCAUGAUCCGCGCCUGCCGGGUCAACUGACUGCCCCGGCAGCCCGACUGGCGCCCUCACGGGUGACUGGCCGAGCUCUUCCGCGAGCUCAGCUGUCAGCAGGAGUCGUUCAGAUUGGCUGGGACUCCGGGG